AUGGACGGAUACAAGCACCUCUUUCUAGACUUUUCUCCAUCUCCCACAUCAUACCCGUCAACCAAGGCUUACGACGCCGCCGCCAAGAGCUAUGCGGCGUCCGUGACAAAGCUCUCCAGCGACGUACAGACUGCGAUCCAAUUCAAUCCGAUCGAGGCUCUCCAGCUGCUCGAUCCCUCUACCAACUCUAUUGGAUUCCUCUCGAUAAUCGAUACCCUCCUCCGCGGCUCCGUUCCAGAGUCUACGCCUCGCUCGCUGCUACUAGAUGAGGCCGUCCGAUUCUUAUUAGAGUUUGAUCCGAUACAGAUACGAUAUGUUGGAUCACUGUUUCGUUCAUUGCUGGAAGAUCUCGGCAGCUUCUUUUCACCACUGGUUGCAGUAGACCUCCUUGCAAAUGCAAUUCUUCGAAUCGACCCUAGCGGAUCGGUAUUUACAUCAACACACUUGACCAUGGUGAAGCUAGCCUACGACACCAACUGUAUCGAGCCCGCUCUCAAGGUUCUUGAUGCGGACAUCCUCUUCUACCCGCGAAAUACACAUCCUGCGCGCCCCGAGAAUGCAAAGAACUUGUACGAUCCCGAAGUCGAGCCUUAUGUAUACAUAGCCUCGGCCAGUCUUACGGAUGCCAUCAAGAGCACUUCCAUCCUCGAAUAUCACCUCCUCCAAGCCAUGGCGUACAUAUCGAGAAAGGACUGGCUCAAAGCACAGGUAGCAUUAGAGCGAGUGAUUGGGCAUCCGGUCAAGGAUAAGGGGGUGAGCAAAAUUAUGUUGGAUGGGUACAAGAAGUGGCUACUGGUCGGGCUGCUUCGAGAGGGGAGGCCCCCCAGUUUCCCAUCCUACAUCACCAACGCAACAAAGGGGACAUACAACGGGCUAAGCGAGGCCUAUAACAAUAUCGCGACGCUAUUCACGACGGAUGGCGCGUCAGCUCUCAAGGAAGAAUUUGAGAAGGGGCGAUCGACUUGGGAAGAGGAUUCAAACCUGACCCUCCUUGAAGAGGCGAUUGUCUCGUAUCAAAAGUGGCAGGUUAUCAACCUCCGCCGGAUAUACCACCAAAUCUCCAUGUCCCAAAUUCGACAGACCACCUUGAGCGCUCAGACAGCCGAGACUCUCAAGGAUGACGACGAGGUUCUACUGCUAGUCAGCGAUAUGAUCGAAUCUGGCAUGCUCAAGGGCCAGCUACAAGUCGGGCCUACGGCUGGCGAGAGCUAUGUGACCUUUCAUGAGGAGCAUGACUUGAUGACCGAGGCGGACUUUGCAUCCGAGGUGGCCCGCAGCCAUAGCAGCAUUGAGACCCUGACGAAACAGUACCGAGUGACGAACGAGCGGCUGAGCUCCACGAAGGACUACGCGCGACACCUGGUUCGCGAACAGAAGCGAAUGGAGAAGGACAUUGCAGACGCGGGUGUCGGCUUCGAUACCCAUAUAGAGGACGAAGAUCUGAUGACGGGCGUGUUGGGGGGUGUGUAG